AUGAGGUCCAGUGUACCCACUGCAGUGGCACCUGGCGCGCUGCAACUGGAGAGACAUUCUGAAAAGACCGAGGCACCAGAAUUCAGUCCAGUCGAAGUCGCCAACGUUAUCAAAGUCAGCUUGAAACUUUCUGAGUUCUGCACAGUGGUUGUGGUUCUUUUCCUUGACCGUGUGGGCCGUGUUUACUGCGUUGGUUCUUUUGGAGGUGCCCAAUUUGUGUUUCCGAUUCGCUGCCUCAUGUCGGUCUCUGUGGAUAUUCCUGGACAUGGCAAUUUCGAUAUCAAACUGACUGCUUCGAGCACCGCUGCUGACAUUAUUUUAUUGCUACGAGAGCGUUUGCCAGACAGCCCAUGGCAUGGGAACAAGUUGCUGUCAAGUGGGGUCUGCCAGCUGCAGUGCGAUGACAUUGUGGAGGCAACCCACCACGGCACUUUGGUCUUGACAAACUACUCAGAGAUCACCAACCAGGAGGCUUUCUGCAUCAAAGAUACUGCAGAGCGAGGGAUCACUCGCGAGCAAUUGGCAAAGAUCGUUGUUUUCAUCUCCAAGAUGGCUGACAGAUGGCGCGACGGCUAUGCGAAAAAGGGCUGCAGCAUGGUUGAGAUCAUGGCGAUUCAAGUGCAGUCCAAGGUGGCAGUGGCACGUGGCACGCAACUGGAGAGACGUUCGCAGACCGAGGCAUCGGAAUGUCCAGUCGAAGUCAUCACAGGUAUCAAAGUCAUUUUCAUGAAAAACUCACUGCGGCGGCUCGAAUGCCCAGCACUGCGCAACGAGUUUCGAGAGUCGCCCCGGGUGCAGGUGGCAAGUGCUUCCAACCCCAACAGGUGCAUUUUGCCAGCAACUCUGCCAGAGGACGCCACGUCAGACCUCCCUGCAGUGGUCCUGGAAGAGUGUGGAUUCGCUGCCUCAAUGUCGGUCUCUGUGGAUAUUCCUGGACAUGGUUGCUUUGAUAUCAAACUGACUGCUUCGAUCACCGCUGCUGACAUUAUUUUACUGCUACGUGAGCGUUUGCCAGACAGCCCAUGGCAUGGGAACAAGUUGCUGUCAAGUGGGGUCUGCCAGCUACAGUGCGAUGACAUUGUGGAGGCAACCCACCACAGCACGUUGGUCUUGACAAACUACUCAGAGAUCACCAAUCAGGAGGCUUUCCGAAUUGAAGAUACUGCAGAGCGAGGGAUCACUCGCGAGCAAUUGGCAAAGAUCGUUGUUUUCAUCUCCAAGAUGGCUGACAGAUGGUGCGACGGCUAUGCGAAAAAGGGCUGCAGCAUGGUUGAGAUCAUGGCGAUUCAAGUGCAGAGACCUCAGUGGUUUGUGUCACAUGCUUGGAGCGAACCAGUGUGCAAGUUUCUGGCCUGCUUGGAGCAGCAUGCUCUGGUGCGAGAAUUGUCAAGCAGUACGUUCUAUUGGGUCUGUGCUUAUGCCAACAACCAACACUCUGUGGAUGAAGACAUCAAAAAAAACCCGCGCAGCACAUCUUUCUACAGGGCCAUGCAGAUGUCUGAGGGAGUUCUCUUGGUGCUGGAUUCGGCUGGAAGGUCCAAGGUGGCAGUGGCACGUGGCGCGCAACUGGAGAGACGUUCGCACACCGAGGCAUCGGAAUGUCCAGUCGAAGUCAUCACAGGUAUCAAAGUCUUCAGUCGAAGUCUUCAUGAAAAACUCACUGCGGCAGCUGGUCGAAUGCCCAGCACUACGCGUUUGACGAGUUUCGAGAGUCGUGGGGUGAGGAGUUCUGCAAUAAAGUGGUUGUGGUUCUUUUCCUUGACGGUGUGGGCCGUGUUUACUGCGUUGGUUCUUUUGGAGGUGCUGCCCAAUUUGAUUCGCUGCCUCAUGUCGGACUCUGUGGAUAUUCCUGGACAUGGUCACUUUGAUAUCAAACUGACUGCUUCGAGCACCGCUGCUGACAUUAUUUUACUGCUACGUGAGCGUUUGCCAGACAGCCCAUGGCAUGGGAACAAGUUGCUGUCAAGUGGGGUCUGCCAGCUACAGUGCGAUGACAUUGUGGAGGCAACCCGCCACAGCACUUUAGUCUUGACAAACUACUCAGAGAUCACCAACCAGGAGGCUUUCUGCAUCAAAGAUACUGCAGAGCGAGGGAUCACUCGCGAGCAAUUGGCAAAGAUCGUCGUUUUCAUCUCCAAGAUGGCUGACAGAUGGUGCGACGGCUAUGCGAAAAAGGGCUGCAGCAUGGUAGAGCUCAUGGCGAUUCAAGUGCAGAGACCUCAUUGGUUUGUGUCACAUGCUUGGAUCGAGCCUGUUUGUAAGUUUCUGGCCUGCUUGGAGCAGCAUGCUCUGGUGCGAGAACUCUCAAGCAGUACAUUCUAUUGGGUCUGUGCAUAUGCCAAUAACCAGCACUGCGUGGAAGAGGAUAUCAAAAGCAACCCGCGCAGCACUUCAUUCUACAGAGCUAUGCAGAUGUCUGAGGGAGUUCUUUUGGUGCUGGAUUCAGCUGGAACGUCCAGUGUACCCGCUGCAGUAGCACCUGGCGCGCUGCAACUGGAGAGACGUGCUGAAAAGACCGAGGCACCAGAAUUCAGUCUAGUCGAAGUCGCCAACGUUAUCAAAGAAAAACUCACUGCAGCGGCUCGAAUGCCCAGCACUGCGCGAUUGACGAGUUUCGAGAGUCGUGGGGUGAGGCCCCCGGUGCAGGUGGCAAGUGCUUCCAACCCCCACAGGAGUUCUGCAAAGUGGUUGUGGUUCUUUUCCUUGACCGUGUGGGCCGUGUUUACUGCGUUGGUUCUUUUGGAGGUGCUGCCCAAUUUGAUUCGCUGCCUCAUGUCGGUCUCUGUGGAUAUCCCUGGACAUGGUCAUUUUGAUAUCAAACUGACUGCUUCGAGCACCGCUGCUGACAUUAUUUUACUGCUACGUGAGCGUUUGCCAGACAGCCCAUGGCAUGGGAACAAGUUGCUGUCAAGUGGGGUCUGCCAGCUACAGUGCGAUGACAUUGUGGAGGCUACCCGCCACAGCACUUUAGUCUUGACAAACUACUCAGAGAUCACCAACCAGGAGCCUUUCUGCAUCGAAGAUACUGCAGAGCGAGGGAUCACGCGCGAGCAAUUGGCGAAGAUCGAGCCUGUUUGUAAGUUUCUGGCCUGCUUGGAGCAGCAUGCUCUGGUGCGAGAACUCUCAAGCAGUACAUUCUAUUGGGUCUGUGCAUAUGCCAAUAACCAGCACUGCGUGGAAGAGGAUAUCAAAAGCAACCCGCGCAGCACUUCAUUCUACAGAGCUAUGCAGAUGUCUGAGGGAGUUCUUUUGGUGUCUGAGGGAUGUUUGAGCUAUGCAGAUGCAGAUGAUCCAGGAUAUUGCAGACGAGGGCUGCUACAGUUUUGGUUGGCGGCUGCUGCAGACGUGGCAGCAGGUGAGCUCGGUUCUUGCUAUUGGAUGAUGAGGCGCUUCCAUGGCAUGGCACGCUGCGUGCACUUGACGGCUGCUCUUCUUCAGGCAACUUCUGCUUUGGCGGAAGUAUGGUUUGGCGAUGCCUGUGCACUGUACCUAGUACAGCAUGUUGGUGGAUCAGUUGCUCACACUGAUCAUGACCUGGCCUUUGGCUACGUCUCCAGCGCCUAUGGCGCCCGAAAGUUGCCUCCAGCGCUGUUACUCGGCACACUGAGUUGGACUAGGCGAAAUGCGGGGCUGCCAAGUUGGACAGCGAGGCAGGACGUGGAGCUGGACGCCACCUCGUUGUCGCACUAUGUUGGAACAGAGUUGUUAGAAGGAUCCUUUAGGAUUCGCUGCCUCAUGUCGGUCUCUGUGGAUAUUCCUGGACAUGGUUACUUUGAUAUCAAACUGACUGCUUCGAGAACCGCUGCUGACAUUAUUUUAUUGCUACGAGAGCGUUUGCCAGACAGCCCAUGGCAUGGGAACAAGUUGCUGUCAAGUGGGGUCUGCCAGCUGCAGUGCGAUGACAUUGUGGAGGCAACCCACCACGGCACUUUGGUCUUGACAAACUACUCAGAGAUCACCAACCAGGAGGCUUUCUGCAUCAAAGAUACUGCAGAGCGAGGGAUCACUCGCGAGCAAUUGGCAAAGAUCGUUGUUUUCAUCUCCAAGAUGGCUGACAGAUGGUGCGAAACGUUCGGAGAACAGCGUGGGACAAGGCUGCAGUUUGAGACCUUCAACUUGUAUCAAGCGAAUCAUUGGAUCAUCAAACCAGCCACCGAAGCCUGGAUUUGUUGA